AUGAGUUCUCCUUCGACAGCGGAGUUCUACUCCUCGAUAACAACCUUUCUGCAGUGUCUCAACUUGACCACGAAAUUUGAGGGUCAAGUCCCGAACGAGUUCCAGAUAAUAACCCAUGCAAAAGAUAAUGAUGGAGGGUUUAUUCGAUACACGUACAAUCCGUCCGAGAAAAAUGUGACGUAAGUGGGACGCGGGUGCAAAAUUUCAAUUUUAUGUGCUAGAAUUCAUCUAGUAAGUAGGUUACCCUAAUUUUGUGCAGUUUUUAAGUCCGAGGGGGAGGUAUUUUGCUGCGCUUUUGAGACUUCCCGGAUGCAAAAUGGUACGUUUUUUGCCACAGGAUUAGGUCCGCCACUGUAUCUUUGCUUCGCUGGUAGAUUCGGAGCUGACGUUCUGAGGGAUUAAAAUGUGACGCAUUUGGGGUGCGCGCUUUAAACUUGAGAAAGAUUUAUCAACAUCAAAUGUUACUUUCAGUGACGAGAAACUGGACUUGGUUGUCAGAGAAACAGGCCUGAAAAAUUAUCGCUUUCACUUGGCGCUGGAAGAAGACAAGCUUCUCACCGGAGUUUCUGGAUCCAAGGAUAAAAAGUGGGGCUUUAUUUUUACAAUAUUUUUUUGUAGGGGAUGCCCGGUUUUUGAUAAGAAAUUCGAUCCUGAUCGCUGUUCAUUGGCAAGCGUUGCCUUAUUUGAAAUGCUGGGAUCGAAUAUGGUGAAGAUUGGAUGUCUAGAAAAUUCACACGUAAAUGAUGUAUACCUAUUGAAUGGAACCUAUCUUGGCGACUACUCAACGGAAACCCAGGACCAGUUCAACUGCGAAAGCAAGCUGGCAGUGUUUGGAGAUAAGAUUGUCUUCGAAAAUAAGGGAGAGGACGUCUGCAAAGAAUUAAAUUGGGCUGUGGAUCACGUUUGGAAAGCGUCGGAGUGCGAAAAGGACGACAAAUUCAAGUUGAAUUCAAAGAACGUCCUACUUUUUCCAUUAGUAAGUCAAAAAGAGAGCGUCCCGACUUUUCGGGUCGGGAAGAGAUCGGGUCAACGACAUUCCGGUUUAACGAUACCGUUUAACUUUUUCGCUUCGGUACUGGAAAAAAGAAUUUUUUGGAGAAAUUGAACAAAAUUUUCACGUUUACAUACAGGGUGGGCCACUCGAAGCUGACAAGUUGUUUCUUUGAAUUUCUCCGCGGAGACUCCGCCGAUUUUUCUAAAAUUCAGAUUUUUCUGGAGCUGAGACCCGCCAUUUUCAAUCGACUGAAUUUCAAAAAAAAUAUAUUUUGAAUUGACCUUUCCAUGCCUUCUCAAAGCUUUGAAAAAUUAUUUGCAGGCCGAAACCGCUAAAACUUAGAAAAUUUUUGGAAUGAUUUUGCAAGCUUGGUCAUUUUUCCGAGUUCUUGGGUGAAAUUUUCUUUGUUUUACCUCAGAUAGUUAUCAAAUAUUGUUCCGAAAACAAUUUUAUUUAACACUCUGAUUAUUAAUGCUUGUUAUUAAUACUGAGUUAUUAUGCCCACCUCCUCUAACAUCACAAACUUGCAGUGCCUUCGAGAGUCAUGCGCAGCUAGAAUUGCGUAUCGUGGAUAUGGUUUUUAAAGUUAAAACUUCAAUCAGGCCUUCGAGUGGCCCACGCUGUAUAAGAUACGUUCUAUCCUAACAGUCAUCAGCGGAAUAGUUUAUCUAAAAAAAUCCAGAAAUAACAUUUUUACUCUACUCUGUAAAGGAAAAUUGUAACGUUCAGAUCGGUUAUCCACAAAAAAAAUUUUUUUUGUUUUCUUUUCCCGAAGCGAAAACGUUCGCGAGGUUUUCCGAGUUGCGCCCGACGUAAUUGGAAUUGCGCACCGAUAGUUAUACGAAUAUGGCUUUUACCGUUUAUUAUGGAACAUUUAAAAUAAAUACACAUACAUACACUUUUAAAUAUAUAAAGUUAUGCCAUACAACUCGGUCUGGAACAAUUCGGACAGUUUUUGGACGUCUUCUGAGCAGAAUCUUGCUUUAGUCGGUUAGUGCAAAUUAGGGGGCGAUAAGAACGUCCUUUUAGCUACAACUAGUCAAAAAGCCUUGGAACGAAUCAUAGAUUCUAUUUUCUAUCAACAGUUUUUUAAGGCAAAACCAAGGCGAUUUUGAGGUAAAUCACAAAGCUCUUACUGUUAUAUAUAACUAGAACGACCGAUUAAUCCAAUAGAGCCAAGCCCCUAAUCAUAAAUCCACUUUUACUUGCUUCCGCAUGAUUAUUACCUAACAAGGAAAGUACUUCUAUGGGGUGUGGAAUUACCGGUCGAGAUAUAUAUCAAAAAAUUCGCAAAAAUUUUCUGAUUCAGAAUAUGGUGUGGGCCACUAAAACGUUCCGUCCUCGUUUUUUAGAUUUCUCCGCGGAUACUCCGCCGACCGUCAUGAAAUUUGGAUUUUUCUGGAGCUGAGAUGCGCCAUUUUCAACCGGUUGAAUUUGAAAAAAAAAUAUCCUGAAUUGACCUUUCUAUGCCUUUCCAAAGUUUUUGAAAAUUAUUUUCGAGCCGAAACCGCUAAAACUUAGAAAAUUUUUGGAAUGAUUUUGAAAAUUUGGUAAUUUUUUCGGGUUUUUGGGUGAAAUCUUACUCGUUUUGCCUCAUAUAUUUGCAAAAUACUGUUGUAAAAACUAAUUUAUUUAACAAUUUGAUUAUUAAUAUUUCUGUCUGAGUUCAACGUGUCCACCUCCUCUUGCAGCACGAACUUGUAGGGGCUUUGAAAGUUAAGAACAGCUCGAAGUGCGGAUCGUGACCAUGGUUUAACUUCAAUCGAGCCUGUCUCCAAGCCUCGAUGAGCCAAUACCUGGCUUGUAGCCUUAAUGUGGAUUUUUUCACUCUUGUUGAAAAAAAAAAUUUUUUUCAACAUUCGUACCCUAAGGGUAAUACAGACAACACUUUUUUUUGCUUUUAACUUGCUUUAAUCAAAGUUUAGAGAAAGCGUACGGAACUUUUUACUCCACGAUUUUACCAAAAAAGCCCGAAAUUUUCCAAGUCCGAGAAAGGCAAUUGAAAAUCAUUCCAAAAAUUUUCAAAGUUUUAGCGGUUUCGGCUCGAAAAUAAUUUUCAAAAACUUUGGGAAGGCAUAUUAAAGUCAAUUCAGAAUAUUUUUUCCUGAAGUUCAAUGGGUUGAAAAUGGCGAAUCUCAGCUCCAGAAAGACCUAAAUUUCAUGAAAAUCGGCGGAGUCUCCGCGGAGAAAUCUAAAAAAAGAGGACGGAAGGUUUUAGUGGCCCACCCUGUAUAUAAAUUAGCUGCCUAAUUUUGGUCUAUCAGCGAGUUUUUUCAAUAAAUGUUUUUCUCGAGGAAAAAAAUCUGCGGCAACAAAAGCGCGCUUGGUCUCUUCCUUCGGAAGAGAGCGGUGUGGCCGAGUGGUUAGAGCGCUGGGUUGGAAAUCCGAGGGAAACGGGUUCGAUUCUUUUUGCCACACUAGAACCCAUUUUUUACAUUGGAACUACUUUUAAGGUGUAGUUGUAAUCCAAUUUGAUAUUUUAAGGCUUGUCAUGGCCUCAGAAUUUAGUUUAGCAUAAAACAAAUUUUUUUUAUUGGUAAAAACACGGUCAAAAAGACACUUGCAUGGUGUCGCGAGAAAACUUCUGAGGACAAAAACAUGCCAUUAGACCAAAAUUAGGCAGCUAAUUUAUAUAUAUUCUGAAUCAGAAAAUUUUUGCGAAUUUUUUGAUAUAUAUCUCGACCGGUAAUUCCACACCCCAUAGAAGUACUUUCCUUGUAAAAUAGGAAAAACGUAAAGCAACUCAAUUCUUCUAUCCGAAAUUGAAGUCGUAGUAAACACCUUACGUCUUUCCAACGUUUUGCAACGUUUUGCACGACCUUUCGGUGCCUUACUGCUUCUUUAUGCUUGAUUCUUCUGAAAAACCCAAGUGUAACAUAACGUAACUGACAGAAAUUUUAAAAAUUUGACAGUAUCUUUUCCCGAUUUUUUCCCAAAACAUGCUCAUAUGUCUACUGAAGAAUCCUACGCAGAAAUGUCCAGCUCCCUGUUAAUUUACAGAAGAUAACUUACUUUUACUGGGACCUCCUCGUUAUCAUUUGAUGUCGUGCGUGAACAUUCAGGCUCCAUAUUACCUAAAAUUUAUCCUAAAUCAAAUAGUAAUGCUUAAAAAUAAUUUUAGAAGUCAAAACAUCAUGAAAACAACAUGAUGCACUAAAGAAUACAACAUUGUUUUACUUGCAAUAUCUAUAACAAUACAAUGUUUGAGAAGAAUAAGCUGAACCUAGUGUUAGGUAUUAAAAAUGCUGAAACAAAAAAAAUCUACAUUGAAUUCCCUAAACUUCAUAGGAAGAAAAAAAAUUUUUUUUUUGACUUUUUUUAUGUGUAAACAAAUUGGCGUGCGUAGCGCCAAAAAAUUGUUUUUGUUUUAUUUGCAAUCUUAUUCUUGUUUUCAGAACUACAUUCUUAUUAAAUUUCCGGUGGGAGGAUGUAAGCCACCUGGUCCUGAGUUAGCCGAUUAUUUCAACAACACCUACGUGAAGUACCUGUACAAUCCGAACGGAAGAUCGUGGGUCCUCGCUUUCUGUGAAUUAUAUUUUUUUAGAAGUUCCGAGGAUGUGACGAUUGCGACGGUCCUAGAUGAAUCCCCGAAUUGGGCGCUGAUAGGAGGAGGCAUUGGCGGGGCGCUGGUGUUCCUCUUACUGCUGAUAGUGCUGGCCAUUUUUCUCAUUCGACGACACAUGAAAAGGCAAUAUCGGUAAGUAACCCUUUGAUAAAGCCUCCGCCGAAUCCUCCGCCGGGGAAAAAAGCACGAAAUUUUUGCCAUCUGUGCAUCGGAUGACAACAAAAAAUCACCCCAAACUCUUUUCCAACAUGAAUUGCAACAGCCGAAGGCCUAAAACAACGUCCGCCGAAAUCUGAAGUCUCCGCCGCGCCUCCGCGGUGCGCGUAAAAUCGAAAACAAAAAAAUGCAUACCGUAAAAUCGACGGAGGUGUAACGUAAACUUGAUUUCAACCGUUGCAACGGCGUUUCCGCCACGUAAUACGCUGUGAUUUUUAAAAAAGGCCCUAAUUUUCUCCGCCGAGAAAUGGGCCCUCCGCCGACGAAAAAAAAUUUUUUGAGAUUCUAAAAACGCACGCUGUCAAUUUUUAGAAGCAAAAAGAAAUUCGUUGAUAGCUGCAAAGAACACAAAGAUAUAAGCAAAUCAUUUGUUCCAAAUUUCUUGAAACACCCUGUAUAUGACUUAUUGCAGACGUCAUAGCGCAUUCCAUGUGCGCUAUGAUUUCUCCAUUGCUAUGGAAAUGCGUACCGAAAAGAAGUGCACGGAGGGCACUGUAGUCAAGCUCAAGAAUGGGAAGAAACUCUUCGUACCGGUGAGUUAUUUUUUCUUUUUUUUUUUUUUUUUUUUUUUUUUAUAGACAUCUACCUAUUUUUAAAAAUUAAUUUGGGGUCUGGCGACCUCAUGGGAAGCCUACAAAAAGGUUGCAAAAUUUGUAAUUUUUGAAAACGCUGAUUCGAAUUUUGCCAAUACGCAACUUAUAAAAUCUGAUUUGUAGGAGUUAUCAAUAAUGUUAUUUUCUUUCUAUAUGAAAAGUUUCGGCAGAAUUGGUCUGCAAGUUUUGGAGACGAUGGCGAAAUACAUCAAACUUGGUAUAUCAAAAAAAUUUUCGGUUUUGCAACGGCUAAGGCUGCUCACUGCAUGGACACAUUCAUUAUAGGGUAUCUCAGUUUAUAAAACCUUUCAGAGUCCAUAAUGCCAAAUUAAAAGACAUUUUGCCAUCAAUUUAGCAUGAAUAACAUACGUCUUCACAUGUUCAUAUUUGGGUUUGCUGCAUCGGUAAUCUAUGUUUCGAAACCGUAGUAACGUCCUUUCGUUGGCUACGUAUUUCUUUUUAGAUGGAAAAGAAUCUCCACCAUAUGUUUUCAUAACUUUACCAUGUACAACAUGAUUAAAAUAAGAUCCAAAAAAGGGCUAGUAGUUGGGCUCAGACCUCGUUUGGACUUGUUGAGGUGUCCCCUUUUCAUAAAAACUAGAAUGACGUUGCCGCGUUGCUAAAGCGCCGGCCGGCGACAUAGCCUCCUAAGAUGGUCUCACUAUCAUGGAUAAUACGGAAUUGAUACAGACAUGCAAAGUGAGAAACAUACGGAUUAUUUCUUUGACCCAUCGACGGUUUUAGUUAGUAACAUAGUUUUUAAUUCUUUUUUUGAAGCCUAUCAUCCUUUUUUUGGUACAAAUUUCGAUAUUAUACAUGACCUAUACAACAACCCAGUUCCUCAAUUUUUGAACUUUUUAGGGUAAAAACGGAUGUUUUGAAACUAAUUUGAUCUUAUAAUCAAUAUCACUUUUUGUAAGAAUGAUUUGCAGCUUCAAAAUCUUAAAAAAUUUAGUGGUGAAUAUUGUCAUGUAUAACAUGCUGACGUUAUGGCACACUGUGAAAACCGUCUUUUUUACCCGGUAAUUGAUAGAUUAGAUCUAAAUGAGCAUGAUUGGUGAAGAAAACCCGCAAUUCCUACAAUCGCAAUUGUUUUCAGUUCCAAAAACGCCUGUUUUAAUCCCAAAUUUUCAAAUCGCAUCAACUUUUUUUUUGUAUAGACGAAUUUUGAUAAUGUUUCGGAUAUUUCCAAUAUGGACCAAUGCUAAUAGAACCUCCAAAUCAGAUUUCUCGAUUUAAGUAAAAAAUUUUGUAUCUGAUGUGCAGGGUGGGCCACUCGAAACUCCCAACCUCUUUUCAAGUAUUACUCCGCCAAUAAUGCACCAAUUUCUAUAAAAUUUAUAUCAAAUUGAAGCUGAGACGCCCCAUUUCUUUUCCACCAAAUAUGCCCGUCUUACUUCACGGAGGCACCCGUACUGACCUUUUACAUUUUCAUUCCAAAUCUUGGAGCCCGAAAUCGGUGAAACUUACACGGGAAGUACCCCAAGUGCGACGCUCAAAUUUUGAUAAAACUUGGCACAAAUUUAGAAUAUUUUUUUUCUAAGAUAUAUGCGAGAAUCCUAGCUCCCGCUUUGCAGAAACAACCGAGAUUUUUAGAUCGAAAGUUGGCGAAAAUUUAGGACUUUUUGCCGAAUUUCGGCACGAAAUGUUUCAUGCCUAUUUCAGCCGUAAAGGAUAAUGUUUCUACAAAAAAUCAAAAUUUUCCGCACGAAACUCCCAAAGUUAUGGCCAAAAAGCGCUUUUCUCUCUGGCCGCUCUCCACGUUUAGCGUGCUCUCUCGGCGGCAAAAAUAGUUCGAUAUCUCGGCGGCGCCCGCAAAGCGCGAGCUAAAACUUUCAGGAAUUGAUUAGUCCAUACCCGACGUGUGUGCAAAUCGCCCCAGAUCACGAAAGCAACGCCUUGCAGAAUAAUUUUGACUAUUCCGUUGACUGCCAUCAUUUUUUCUGUUGCUUAUAUUACGCUUUUUCAAAAGUGCAGACACAUUUUGUCGUGGGCCGCACCGUGCACAAACCUCCUUUUUGCGGGGUGCAUUUGACCUUUUGCACUGUGCAACCGGAUAUCGCUGCGACGUAAGCUUUUCUCAGCUGUGUCGCUGCGAACUUUGGGCGUGCGAAAAGAAUUUGCACAGUGCAAAAUGGAUUUCGUCGCGCAACAUGCACGGUGCGGUGCAAAAAAGACAAAAAAAUGUGUCUGCACUUUUGAAAAAGCGUAAUAGGAGUUUUAUUUAGUCAAAGGCGCGAACAUUUUCCAAUUCCAAGAAACUCAAUUGGAAAUCAUUCCAAAAAUUUUCUAAGUUUCACCGAUUUCGGGCUCCAAAAUUUGGAAUGAAAAUGUAAAAGGUCAGUACGGGUGCUUCCGUGAAGUUAGACGGGCCAUAUUUGGUGGACAGGAAAUUGGGUGUCUCAGCUUCAAUUUGAUAUAAAUUUUAUAGAAAUUGUUGCAUUAUUGGCGGAGAAAUACUAGAAAAGAGGUUGGGAGUUUCGAGUGGCCCACCCUUAUAAUGAUGAGCUUUUUUUCAGAGAAUUAUCGAUAAUGUCGAGGUGAAGCGGAUGGUCGCCGAAGGCCAAUUCGGGGCAUUUUACGAAUAUGACUACAAGGGGACAUCGUACUGGUACAAGUUGGAGGCAAGCCUCGGCCCCAAAUACAAGCAACCGCUCGCCUGCGAGAGCGGCGUCUACCAGCUGGUGGAGAAGAAUUCCAAAAGCCCAGACAAAAAGUAAGUUGGAAUCAGACCAAAACCUUUUUUUUUCAGCUUCAUCUACAUUGGCGGCAUGCUGAGCUGCUGCCACUUCUCUGAGGGCGUCUACUGCAUGCGGGUCGAAAAUUAUGGCCCAAGCGUUCGCGAGAUGCGCCAAGGACAACUCAUGGCUCCGUUCGAGGCGCAAAAACUCUUCUUCCAGUUGCUUUACUGCACCAAAGCGCUGAUCAGGUACGGGAUUUGCCAUCGGUACAUCAAGGAGAGCGCAUUCUACGUCAAGAAAGACCGGGAUACGUAUCGGGUGAGUGCAUGUUGAGUUUGUAUUUUCCCUAAAACCUAGCCAAGGAUUUUAAACAGUUUUAAAGGGUAGUAAAACAGCAUAUAGGUCAAAAAGGUUUAAUUUAAUAUCUAUCCAUCAAUUCUGCAAAGCAUUUUUGCUUUAUUUUUCUGGUUUAGUAAUAAAUUUUUUUUACCAUAUAUUUUUUUUAUCACCGGGCCCGGCCGCCCAUUUAUUUGACACAAAUGGGGCAAUUUUCAUGGCUUCAAUAUCGAUUUCUUGAUAUAAAAAUAUGAUAGAGAUUUUACAACACUAUGUUCCUUGGCGCAAAUUUUAUUUUCUUGCAGUUUGUCAUUACUGACCUCGGAUAUGCAAUCAGAAUCGGCUCGGAACGCUCGGCGUUCUAUCCAAUCCCCGAAACGGCAACCACUCACAUCCACGCGAAGAAGGCGUUGAAGUCGGAGGACACGGAGAGCCUUCUCUACAUGGUAUUGGGCAUGAUGGCUCCUCUGCCUUGGGCGGGAAUGAAAAAAAUUGAGGAAGUCACGAAGGUCAAGUUAGAGUGUACCGACGAGAACGCGAUCCCCGAAGAAUUCUACGACAUCAAGGAGGCUGCGACCUUGUGUCUCAUGAGGGGCCUCUACACGGAUGACCUGGAGAUGGAAAACGUGGCCGCGGGCCUCAUCAGCUAUUACUUCACGGUAUGUGGAAUUUAAUUUUUUUACCUGCGAAUUGGUUUUUAAGCGCAUUUUAUAUUUUGAAAAACUUUCAGAUCGUAUCGUCGGACGAGCUCCAUUCUCCUGUGCGUUUUCCAAAUCGUGAUGCCAAGUUGGUGGGCACGUUCAAGUCGUAUGAUGAAUACUAG